UUUGAAUCUUUUUUUGUAAGAUAUUUGGUUAAUCUUUACAGGUUUAUACGUUAUUUGCUUGUUCGUAAAAUUAGUGCAGCGCAAAGCGUCGCGGCCUCGUCUGUUGUCAUGGAAUAAGCUCAUUAGCUGCUUGACUUCUGGCUUUCUGGCUCAAGAAGAAACCUUAAAAGUAUGUCUCCAGAGAGUGAGCUCCAGAGUCCCCCCCUUGGUUUCAGCUCCAACGGGGAGGAUGGGACUCUGAGUCGUGGAGAGCUGGACUUCAGUCAUGAGCUGGGAAGAGGGAGCAGGGCACACAGCAGUCAGACAAGAACUGAGUCUGAUAUUACUUGUUGUGGAAAUGUCACGGAUGGGAAGAGCACUUUCCUAAAACUACUGAUUGAUUCAGAAGCAGCUGCCAACUCUGCAGCAAUACAGCUGGUGUCUUUCAAAGAUGCAAUAGAAAAUGAAUUUGCUGAUCCAAGAAAAUCUGCCAUAAACAAGCAUCUAAUGACAAGACAAAGGGGACUUUUGCAGGAAAAGUUAGAAGAUUUCAGAAGAAUAAAUAAGUCUGUGCGACAGAAGCUGAAAAAACUCCAAGAUACAGAGACUAAACGAAUUGAUGCAGAUCAACAGAUGGACAACUUGCUAAAGAAGAUCACUGAGGCUGAAAGUGAAAAUGAGCGUUUACAAAAACAUUUGAGCGGGGCCGAAAGGAAGAUUGAGGAACUGAUGGUUCAACGGAAAGAGGAACAGGAGAACAUCAAGAGCGCUGUUCACCUGACCAAGUCUGUGGAAGCGACUCGUGCUCACCUCCAAGGGCAGCUACGCAACAAGGAAGCUGAAAACAACCGCCUGACUGUACAGUUACGGACUCUGGAGAGAACAGUGGUAGAACAAAAGAUGACCAUUGAUGAGCUAAACAUUUUUAUGGGCUCUCUGACUGAAAAGGCGGCACAUGACAAAGAAUCUCUCAAAAAGGCGACCCGAGCCCAGAAACAGAGAGCUGAGAGGUUUGAAGCUGCAAUCGAAAAAUGUUAUGCACAGUUAAAGGAGAAGGAUGCUCAGUUGGCUAAAGCCCAUUCAGAGAGGGACACUAGAAGAGAGCAGAAGGAGCAGAUGACGGAUGAGAAGAACAAACUUGUUGCUCAGAUAGACUUACUUAAAAGUCAAAUUGGAGACUUGACAUUGAGGCUGCAGAGAGAGAAAGAUGAGCUAACUGCAGCUAAAGAAGUUGUGACGCAAAAAGUUGACAAACUCAUCACCGACAACGCCGAGCUGAGCAACAGUAAUGAAGCACUCAAGGUAUCUGUGGCUCGUUUGGAGCAGGAGCUCGCCGAUUGUGAGUCUGCCCUCGUAGAAGAGAAGAUCGUUUCCCAAGACAGGACCCGUCAAGCCGAGCAGUGCCAGUAUCAGGUUGCAGAUCUUCAAGCUGAAAUUGAUGAUCUAAGAACAAAAUAUGGAUAUAUUUUAAGAGAGAUAGAAAGGGCACGAGAUGGGAAAGAGGCAGAAGUUGAGAAGGUGAGGCAGGAGCUGCAGGGCCGUGUGGACGAGCUGAAGGCUUACCCUGAGUUACUGAGUGCAGCCGAGCACAGUCUCCUCGAAUGCCAGGAGAACCUGCAACUCUCCGAGAGGAAUUGCUCAGAAAAGUCAGAGUCCAUUAAGCAACUGCAGGCUAAGAUCGAUGGUCAAACUAAACAACUGGGAUCAUCUGUGAGGAUGAAUGAGUCCAUUCAUGAAGCCAAUUUGCAGCUACAAGCAAAAGGAAACUCUCUUCAAAUCACGAUGGAUAAGCUGACGCAGGAGAACUUUGAGCUGGUACGGAGACUUGCAGCUCAGGAAGAAGCUCUGAGCUACAGCAACAGGCAGCUCGAUCAGCGCUCGUCGGAGUGUCAGGCCCUGAGUCGGCAGCUGGAAGCAGCGUUAUCAGAUGUCAGACAGCAGGUUAGCAAAGUAAAAGAUCAGACUUCUUCCAAAGAGGAAGGCCUUCAGACAAAAAUACUGGAGCUGGAAGCUGAGAAGAGCAGAAGAGAUAAUGAGCUGAGGCUUCUUCGCCAGAGCAAGCUAACGGCAGAGAAGCAGUUUGAGGUGCGCCUGAAGGACCUGCAGCUCAGCCUGGACCAAUCAGAGAGCAGCAAACGAAGCAUUCAGAACUACAUCGAUUUCCUUAAAAGCUCUUAUACGACAAUGUUUGAUGAAGGGCAGCAGACGUCAACUUUUGGAUCAACGUAUUUUCUAAAAUGAUCAAGGUUUGCAUUUAUAAACCGUUGUUUUGUGUACUUCAAUAUUUAUAAAGAGUUAAAUAUAGAAAAUACUUUAUACCGUUUUCACAAGAACUAAAAUCGGUCUUUCCUUUAUUUAUCAGAUUGAACCGUGUGUGGUGAAUGACCUUUACAGUUUGACUUUUUUUCAAAGACUGGGAAUGUUUUUUUUUUCUUUUUAAUUGAAGGAUUUUCAUAACUGUUUUGCCUCAGGUACCAAGAAAUGCUGCGCAAUGUUUUUAAAUGUUUGCACAUUCUGGACUGCAAACUCCUGGUGCUACUUCCUCUCAGGUGACAAUGAGCCGGUUGCAUAAAUUUUAACUUUCAGUAAUGAUAUGAAAUAAAUACUUCCUCUCUUUCAGUCUGAGUUAUAGGCGUAAAGAGUUAUACAUGUUGCCAUUUGAUUACCUAAAGUCACUAUUUAGUUAAUUAAAAGGAUUUCUGAUGUUUCAUAGACUUCUUUUUCAAAGCAUAAAUUAAGCUUCACGCUGCGGAGAAGAGAAGCGAUGUUCCACUCAGGAGAACUCCUUUAUUUUGAAAUACUUAAUUCUCAAGUGUCGGAUGCUUUAUGCUCUUGGUUCAUCGUUUUGCGACUGGCACCAGGUGUAAAGCUUUUUUCAAUCCAACAAUUUGAACUUCAAGAAAACAGUUGUUAGCCAAUAGAAAUAGUGCUUGGGAGGCAAAUGUUAUAUGAAUAAAUCCAGUGGCACUUAAAAGUUUGGUUUGCCUUUUAAACUUCUCUGUACUUAUCAUGACCUUUUAAAAAAAGGUCAGGCAUCGGGACCCCCUAGUCUUGUAGUAUCGUGGUUAGGAGCUGUUUUGCUUUUUUUGGGAUGGUAUGGCGUUCUGUCAAUAGCCGCCUUCACACAGAGAUUGUGGUAUAAACAUGAACUGGAGCUCUCCUGUGUUGUAGUCAUCCGUGCACUGCUGUUAUGCCUUUCUGCGUUUCUUUUGCAGACAGCAUUCACUUCUUCCUCAUCACGCCUCCGUUCCUACCUCCCAAGGUGGAACAGGGGAGUAACAGCAGAGGACCACCUUCAAAUUUAAGCAAAGAUAAGCAAUUUUAAAUAAACAGAAUAACCGUCCAGCACAUCCCGACAAAACGUUGGAUAAUCAAACCUGUUUUGUUUAUUUUUUUCCUCAACAGUCAUUGGAUCGUUUCUAAAGUGUAAUCGGUGCCACAGAUUAUCAGGUUAAUUACUGUUAUAAAACUUCAACAACCAAAACAAUCAAAAAGGUGCCCCCCUGCACCAAAAUAGUAAGUUUUAAAGUAUUAUUUUAUGGAAGGACUAGAACUUAAUGUGAAACAAACUUUUAUGAGAAAUACCAAAAAUGUGUGAUUGAUUGUUUUUGUCAUUUACAAAAAAAAUAUGAGAACUAUAAACCAUAAAUUUAAUCACCUGA